AUGCCCUGCAUUUCGAUCACCGCCCGUCUUAUAACGCCUUCAAACGCAAUUUUGAAUAGCAGACCAACUCCUUGUCGAAGUCCCCUGCGAGAUUCGAAUGGGUCCGAUGAUACACCCGAGAUCCUUAAUCACCUGGAUCCUAUCCAUAAUACCCAUGAUAAGUCUAUGACGAUGUACGAACCGACGGGUUGCCCAGAACCGAGUACAAUGGAGAGAAAUUCUCGAUACGUCAAAAGCAACCCCGGCUCUAUGCUAUACCUUCACUCCACUCUAACCCGGCGGACGCAAUCGGAUGGCAACCAGGAAGCUGCGAACACCUCGUUUAUGGUUAAUUUAUUCCGAGGAGAGAUCUGUCCGAAACAGGUUUUCCCCUAUCCGGAAGCAGCAAACCAACAGCAGAAAGAGUACAUCAAGUCGAUAGCCGAUCCGGUGUAUCAAUUUUUAACUGAAAGAUAUGAUCCAGCGGAAAGUGAACGACUUGGUAGCCCUGCGCAUGCCAUCCUGGAUGAAUUAUGGGAAACCGGAGCUUACGGUUUGAUGGCACCGGAAGAGUACGGAGGAUUGGGAUUGACCAAUGUUGGUUAUGCCACCAUGGGUGAUGCCGUUGGGGCAGUAGAUUUGGGUUUGGCCGUUGUUAUCGGUGCUCAUCAGAGUAUUGGUUGGAAGGGAAUACUACUGUAUGGUAGUGAGGACCAAAAGCGAAAGUAUCUACCUCGGGUAACUACCGGAAAAACAAUGGCUGCGUUUGCGCUAACUGAACCAGGAGCAGGUUCAGAUGCUAGCUCUAUUAGGUCUCGUGCAGUAAAGAGUGCUUGUGGAAAGUAUUACACGUUGAAUGGCUCAAAACUAUGGAUUACUGGAGGUGGUAUAGCGGAUAUAUUCACUGUAUUUGCCAGAACUGAAGUGACUGAUGUAAAGACUGGACAAAAGAAAGAUAAAGUAACUGCUUACAUUGUUGAACGUGACUUUGGAGGGGUAACUAGCGGACCCCCGGAAGAUAAAAUGGGCAUCAGAUGUUCCAAUACUACUGAAGUUUAUUUCGAUGAUGUUCGAAUUCCAGUAGAAAACGUGCUUGGAGAAGAAGGUGAUGGAUUCAAAGUUGCUAUGAACAUUUUGAAUAACGGUAGAUUCGGUAUGGCCGCAACUUUGGCAGGUACAAUGCGAGCAUGUAUUGCAAAAGCAACUGAGCAUGCAAAAAAUCGAAUUCAAUUCGGAAAAACAAUCAAAGAGUUUGGUGGCGUGCAGGAAAAGUUGGCUCGAAUGGCAAUGCUGCAGUAUGUUACGCAAUCGAUGGCUUAUAUGGUAGCUGGAAACAUGGACUUGGGCUCUCAGAAUUACCACCUGGAAGCAGCAAUUUCAAAAGUAUUCUCGUCCGAAGCUGCCUGGUACGUUUGCGAUGAAGCAAUACAAAUUUUGGGUGGUAAUGGCUAUAUCAAAUCCAACGGUCUCGAAAAGAUUCUUCGUGACUUGAGAAUAUACAAGAUAUUUGAAGGUGCGAAUGAUGUUUUGCGACUGUUUGUAGCCUUGGUUGGGAUACAGUAUGCUGGAUCGCAUAUGAGGGAGCUCCAGGCAGCUUUCAAAAAUCCCGCAGCUAAUUUAGGGUUGAUAUUUAAAGAGGGAUCUCGGAGAGUUGCUAGAAGCAUUGGCGUUGGAAGAGUGGAUAUUGGUCCGUUUGUAGCUGAGCCGUUACGAGACUCUGGUAAGCUUUGUGCAGAAUCGAUUGAUGAGUUUGCGUUGGCUGUUGAAUCGAUGUUGUUCAAGUAUGGAAAAAGAAUAGUUGAUGAGCAAUUUAUUUUGAUGCGACUAGCUGAUAGCGCAAUCGACAUUUAUGCAAUGGUAAAUGUGUUAUCACGCGCAAGUCGAGCAGUUGACAAAAGUCUACCAUCGGCUGAUUAUGAAGUACGAUUAGCGAGUGCAUGGUGCAUAGAGGCGAGUGAUCGUGUUAGGAACAAUUUAAAACGAGUUACCAAGAGACGAUAUCUAGAUAAUUACAAAACAAUGUCGGACAUUGCCCAGCAAGUUUGUGAAACCGGAGGAAUUGUUCAGCGAUUGCCGUUGGAAACAAACUAG